UGGUUCGCCCAAACUAAAGCAAAAGCCAAAAGCUUUCGAUUCACUGCACCGCGCGACGAGCUGACCACGAGCAAGUCAGCCAAUGUCGCCAGCGGCGCCGUCCCUGUUGCUGUGUUCGCUGCUGCUUGCGGUGGCCACGCUAGUGGCCGCCGCGAGGAGGCACGGAUGCCCAACCAAGUGCGGUGACGUCGACGUCCCCUACCCGUUCGGCAUCGGCGCCGGCUGCUUCCGCAGCAAGGGCUUCGAGAUCUCCUGCGUCAACAACGGCACCACGGCGGUGCUCCCCUCCGCCACGCACCACGCGAUCCCGGUGACGAGCCUGUCGGUGGCGCCGCAGCCGGAGGCCAAGGUGAUGCUGCCGGUGGCGUACCGGUGCUACAACUCGACCGGCGGCACCGUCAGCCUCUUCGACGGGCACGUCGACGUGAACACGCACGGUGUGUACCGCAUCUCCGACGCCCGGAACGCGUUCGUGGUGCUCGGCUGCAACACCGGCGCGUACACCAGCAACUCCAUCAGCAACGGCACCGGCCGCUACAACUACCAGUACUACAUGGGCUGCUUCACCUACUGCAGCAGCGCCGGGAGCGCCAUGGACGGCCGGUGCGCCAGCGUCGGCUGCUGCCGCGUCGACAUCGCGCCCGGCCUCACCGACAACGUCGUCUCCUUCGAGGACUGGCCGCACGACAGCAUGGACUACAGCCCCUGCGACAUCGCCUUCCUCGUCGACAAGGACAGCUACGAUUUCCGGGCGUCGGACCUGCGCAUGGACGUGGAGCGGGCCAGCAUGCCGGUGUGGCUGGAUUGGGCCAUCCGCGACGAGGAGAGCGCCCUGACGUGCGCCGCGGCCAGGAACAGCACUCGCUACGCCUGCGUCAGUGCGAACAGUGAGUGCGUCGACUCGGCCAAUGUGCCUGGCUACUUCUGCAGAUGCAAGCAAGGCUUCGAGGGCAACCCGUACGAAGACAACGGAUGCACCAAUGUCGACGAAUGCACACGCCCCGAGGUGUAUCCUUGCUACGGCAUUUGUAAGGACACUGAAGGAACCUACCAUUGCAAGUGCCCCUCAGGUUACAUGACCACCAAUGGUGGUGAUCCGAAGAAGCAACAAUGUAUUCGGAAGUUCCCACUCCAAGCACGGCUUGCCCUAGGAAUCUGUUCGGGCUUUCUCUUCUUAGCUGUUGCUAUGUUGUUCACACUAAUCGUAUGCCACAAAAGAAGGAUGAACCAACUUUUCCAAAGGAAUGGUGGUUCCGUGCUUGAGAAGGUGGAUAACAUCAGGAUUUUCACCAAGGAGGAGCUCAAGAAAAUCACAAAGAACAAUUCACACAUCCUUGGCAAAGGAGGCUCCGGUUAUGUCUAUAAGGGGACUCUUGAGGACAGCACAAUGGUGGCAGUCAAGGCUUCCAUUGAGGUAAGCGAAGCUCUGAAGGAGGAUUUCACCAAUGAAGUGAUCAUCCAAUCACAAAUGAUCCACAAGAACAUCAUCAAGCUCUUGGGUUGCUGCUUAGAGGUUGAUGUCCCAAUGCUGGUAUAUGAGUUUGCUUCUAAUGGGAACCUCUACGAUGUCCUCCAUGGCAAAGCCAACCGCCACCUGCCUCUCUCUUUGGACCUGCGCCUGGACAUUGCAACUGAAUCUGCUGAGGGGUUAAAAUACAUGCACUCGUCCACAAACCACACCAUACGACAUGGUGAUGUUAAGUCAGCCAACAUACUUCUGGAUGGCAAUUUCAUGCCUAAAAUCUCAGAUUUUGGGACGUCCAAGCUGCUAGGAAGAGAUGAGGACUUCACGAUGUUUGUGGUAGCGAGCAUGGGCUAUAUAGACCCGGUAUUCCACCAAACCGGGCUUUUGACUCGGAAGAGUGACGUGUACAGCUUUGGAGUUGUUCUCUUGGAGCUUAUCUGCCGGAAGCCAACCAUAUACGACGAACAUUGCAGCCUCAUCAUUGAGUUCCAUAGAGUUUUGGUGAAGAAUAACAGUGGAAGGGCAAUGUUCGACAAGGAUAUUUCAGUAACCGAAGAAGAUGUGUUUGUCCUGGAUGAAAUUGGCAAGCUUGCCGUUGAGUGUUUGAAUGAAAAGGUUGAAGACAGACCUGAUAUGAAGGAAGUAGCAGAACAGCUUCUGAUGCUUAGGAGAGCUAGGAAAUAUGGAGAAUGGAACUGCAGGAGUCCCCAUCACUUCGAGUAUAAAAACCAGACUUGAGGAGGUUCCAUGACCUACAACAACCUUUUAUCAACCGAACAAGAAGCGCCAUGCUAUUGUUGGAUAAUCCAGGCACGACUGAUCUGUAUGGCUUAGCUAGAAUAAAGGAGCUCAUAUCUAGCCAAGAUUGAGCGCGUCCGUGUACUAGCCACUCUGCAUGUCCGCAUGCAAUGGUUUUAGUUGUUUUCGUUGGGUCACAGGUGUAGUAGUGGUGAUGAUCGGGUCUUCGGGACGUGGGAUGGCGCGGCCGAAGUGGAGGCAUGAGAAUCGCAGCGUCGUGGCUUGUUUUGGCCACUCGUUUUGGUUGUAAUUGACAGUAUAAGUUUGUUAUCAAUACACAAAAAAUGCCGGUUGGUUGCGUCACCAAA